GGCACUAAUAUGCAACAAUAAUGGGCACUGAUAGGCAGCACUGAUGAGCUGACACUGAUAUGCAACAAUGAUGGGCACUGACUGAGCAGGGGCAGACUGACAACUCAUGGGGCCUCCAGGCAAUAGGGGAUCAUGGGGCCCCUGUGUCCUUGCCCACACCCAAAAAAGCCUAUGAAAAAGCCAAUGAAAGGUACCAGGGGCAUCUCAUGGGGCCCCCUACUGACCCCGGGCCCUCGGGCAGUGCCCGAAUGCUCAAAUGGUCAGUCCGCCCCU